UGCAAUCGUGUAAAUAUUUAAGGGUUAACAAAAAAUAUAAUAUGCAUGAAUGCAUGCAUAUUUACAUACUCAAAUUUCAUAAGUAGGAAUCAGGAAUCAGCAAAAUGUUCAGAGUUCCGGUGACCCAAAUUUUUUAUCAAAUAAAAUAAAAUGAUGAUCAAGCCACGCUUAAAACGGUUUUCACUUCAUUUCGGAAUUAAACUUACACAUAAAAGAUUUAGGAGCAGAUUUCUCAAAUUAAGCAAAAUGUCGAUAUAUUUUUUGCAAACUUUGACAAAGUUUCUACUAUUGUGUGCACUCAUAACCGAAAUUUUUUCAGCGGGAUUAAUACGACACCCCGAAGAAAUCUCCGAUAUCUCCUCCCUCACCACCGACAUCAUCCUCGAAAGCCCCAUCAUAACCCAAUGGGGGGAAUGGGGCCCGUUUGACUACUGCCCUCCCGGAACCUACGCGGCCGGCAUGUCCCUCAAAGUGGAACCUUAUCAAGGCGACGAUGACGACACGGCGUUAAACGGGAUCAAACUCCUCUGCAUUCCGCCCGGCUCGAACAACUUUUCUGAUUCGGUGGAAAUCUCGAGCUCCGUGAACCAGUGGGGGUUCUGGGGGAAGACGCAGUACUGCGAUGCCGGCGUGGUCACCGGGUUCCAACUCAAGUCGGAAGUUUACCAAGGGGGGAGCAAGCGACGGAUCAAGGAUGACGACACGGGGGCCAACGGGUUGCGAAUUUUCUGCUCAAAUCUCCCGAACGGGGGAUAUUUGGAGGACGUCGGGGGCGAAUGGGGGGACUGGACGGCGCCACAGAAAUGCUUGUCGCAACAAGCGGUCUGCGGGAUUCAGACGCAGGAUCAGGAGUAUGUUGGGAGUGGCGACGACACCGCUUUAAACAACGUGCGAAUGAAGUGCUGCACCCUGACCAAUAUUGGGUCCACCUGUGACCCCACCGACCACUGGGAGACAAUCCUGGAAUGUGACAAUACUCUCAGUGAGUCACCCUUGACCUGCACUUAUCAGAAGAAUCGCGGCAUCUCGAGGUCAUCCAUGGCGUCGGAAAGCGUCCUCAACGAGCACAGCGUCAUGACGGACAUCGGCUUCACCUCGUCCCUCCUGUAUAACGGAUUGUCGCUAAAUUUCGCAGCGAAUUUGAGCGCUUCUUCCGCGACGGGAUAUUCCUGGAGGAGCGAGACGUCGGAAACGUUUCACGAGUCGGUCACCACGACGGCGGAAUUUGUCGUCCCGGGCUGCACGAAGGCCAGGUUGAGCCAAGCGGUGGGAAAUUGUGGGGCUUUUUCGGUGUAUACGAAUUACUUUAGGAAGGAGGAUUUAUUACCGGGGACUAAUAUUGUGGUGGAAGCGACCCUGUUUUCUGAUUAAGAAUAAAAUGUUAAAAAAAUGAAAUGUGAUUUUGGAAAAUUUAUAAUUUUUGAUAAAUUUUUAAUAAAUUAUUUCCUGCUCAA